GCGCCAUGAGGGUUACAUGCUGGUCACCACGCAGUCCAUUGCUGCAGCGAUAAAUGUGGUCCUUGAACGACACUUAGCUCAGGAACACUCGCAUGGACCUCGAUACUGAGGAGUACUGCUUCUUCCUGAUCUCUACACGUAGCUUACAGAUCUGUGGUUGAACAUCACAGCAGCCCAAAGGAGGAGGGGGAGGAGACCAGGAGGAUGAUAAUGCAGCGCAUCCUGACUCAUGGGACACUGCGGCGGGUGGCGGCGAUGCGUCCGCUGCUGCUGGGUGUCGCCAUCCCUGAGGCUCCUGUAGCAUUUUGUUGCUGCACCCUCCGCCUGUCACCAUCGCCACCUGCAGGCCAACGCUGGCUCUUGACCUCAGCCUCCAGCAGAGCAGCCCAUCAACCGAAACACCAGUCAGCCCAGGAUGAACAGCAAUCCAUCUCCACACCUCCAACAAAGGACGUCCAGAAAGAGGAAGCUGAGCCUGAUCUUGCAGAGGUGGACCCUUUGCAGGAUAAGUCCAUUGGCCUGUUUCAGAGGUUUAAGAAGACCUUCAAACAGUACGGGAAGGUGUUGAUCCCGGUGCAUCUGGUGACAUCCUCCGUCUGGUUUGGAACCUUCUAUUACGCUGCUAUGAAAGGUGUGAAUGUAGUGCCAUUCCUGGAGAUGAUUGGUCUGCCAGAGUCACUAGUUGGCCUUCUGAGAGACUCGUCAAGUGCCUACGCACUGACUGCGUACGCCAUGUACAAGAUUGCUACCCCUGCCAGAUACACGGUCACUCUGGGAGGCACCUCACUCUCUGUUCAGUAUCUUCGCAAGCAUGGCUACCUGUCUACACCACCACCAGUCAAAGAAUAUAUCCAGGACAAAAUGGAAGAGACCAAGGAGAAACUGACAGAGAAGAUGGAGGAGACAAAAGAGAGAUUCUCAGAGAAAAUGGAAGAAACAAAAGGACUCUUUUCUGAGAAAAUGGAAGAGACUAAGGACAAGCUUUCUGAGAAACUGCAGGAAACCAAAGACAGAGUCUCUGAGGGGAAAGCAUUUUUUAGAAAGAAAGGUGAUUAGUGAUCACAUUUACGGGUGGCGCCUUUGAAUAAAUGGUCCUAAAUUGAUCUCCACAAGUCAGCAGUGAAUAGGGGACAAGUAACAGAUGGUAUUUCUGAGACUGUUCGGAAACAGGAGAAAUGUUGCACUAUCCCAGUCCUGAAAUUUUGCCUCGCACAUCUCAGUUAUCACCUGGUGUCUCUGUAAGUGUCAAAUUCAGUCCCUAAUUGUCUGAACCCUUCCACAAUGCACUCUAAAUGUAGAUGAGACAGCAGCUUAGUAGACUGCUGGCAAUGCUACAUUCUGGCUCUGUCAUCCCAGACUGGAUUUACACAGGCUCAAGCAAUCUGGACUUUAACUCUUGGUUGGCUGUAAGUCAGGUGUUUAAAGAAAAUCACUAUUCUUGUUUCUGUUGUCACAUACACGAGGGAAAAAAUGGGUCUAGGUUUCAAGAUAAUAAAAAAAUGUGCCUGUGUAAAACAGCCUCUGGUUACAACUAUGGGAGAGAGAGUAGUGUUAAUUCUUCUGCUUGUUAGGAAAUAAAACUUGAAGCUCAUGGUUACAUGUGUGUACUAGUCCAUCAAAGCCUUUCUCAAGGCUGAACGUAUCACCUUGUGUCUUUUCUAAUGUAAUGAGAAAGAAAUUUAAGUUUUUCUAAUGUAUUUUUAUCUGAUAGCCAAAGCUAAUAUGACAUGAUUUCUGUGUCUGUACCAUUUAAUGUAUCGACCUAAAGUUAUGCAUAAAAUAAGUCAGAUGAUCAUUAGAAAGCUGGUGUCAGGGCAGAAAUAGUGCACAGUGGGUGUCGGUGUACAUGUGCUGAUCUGACAACCCAACAUGCAAUGGGUGCCGUUUGUAUGAAGAGUAUUCAAGCCGUGUGAUACAUUGAUGGUGCGCCAGAGGAAAUGUCUUGGUUACUUUGCUAAAUAGACAAAUGUUCUUAUGAGAAAUUCACACAGACAUCUGAUGGAAACCACAAACGAAUAAAAGUGAAAUGCGAAUCA